UUUUUCACAUGAAUACUAAAACAUACAUAUUUAAUGUGAAAUAAUUUACACAUACAUAUACAAUUACAUAGUAUAAAUACACACAUAGCUAUGCAUGCAUGUAUGUUUCUAUGUUUUUGUAUACAUAAAGUGGGUCAUUCAAUUACACAUCAUGUUAAUACGGGAAAAAAUUACAAAGUAAAAAAAUAAUAACAAGAAAUUUAUAUCUGUAGUUCUCUAGUAAAAAUAUAUAAAAGUGUAUCUAUCUAUAUCCACAUACUUAAAUUCACAUAAAGAAGGGUCAUUUAUUUAUAAUCGUUGCAAGAGUGUGUUUCGUUCGUUCCACCAAAGGAAAGAAAAAAGGAAACGGAUAUAAAAAAAUAUAUUAAAAUACCCAAAAGUAUGAUUAUUAAUUUAUUCUCGUUUUUCUGUUUAAUUAACUCAACAUCAAUUAACUCCCAAACAAAUUAAAAGUGUAAGUGUGUUUUACGUUAGUGCUAAAUGCCAAUUUACUCUGCAGGUGAUAAUAAAUUGAAACUAAAAUCACAAUUAAGUUACAAAUCAAUACCAAAUCAAAGAAAGAAAGGAAAAAAAUUGAUUUGUACCCACCCAAAGUCUAGUUUUGUCAACUAAUAAACAAAGAAAAGAAAAAAAUAGAGGACAAUAAAACGAAUAUGAUAAAGAAGUAAGAAAAAAUUAAAGCAUAAAAGGAAAAAAAUAUAUAUAUAAAACGAUAAAGAGCAAGAAAUAAAAGAUACAUUUCAUUCACUAGUGUUAUAUAUGUACAUAAUAACAUACAUAUAGGAGAGUGUCUGAAUGUAUAAGUGUGUCACAGUGUGUGUGUAUGUAUCUAAGUGUUUACUGUGAAUUUCAAAGUUUAGUGUCCGUGAUUAUUGUAUUUGAAUUUAGUUAAAACCACAUAUUUCUAUAUAAAUAAUUAAUUCGUAUUUAUAAAUGAACAAUUUACUCUUUCCAUCAAGAAAACAAUCGAUUUUCCUUAAUUAUUCUCUACGAUUAGUAUUUAUUAUUUUAUUAUGAUACUUCCUUAUUUAAUGUUAGUAAAAGGUUCUUCAAUAGUUUAUUAUAUAAUAAGAAGUAAAUAUUAUAUUUUGGUGCAAAAAUCAAGUAAAAACAAAUUCCUUAGUUUAAUUGAAAAUAUUUAAAAAAAUAAAACAAAGAAAAUAUUAUAUAACGAAUAAUACUUGGUGUAUAAGAGCCGGAAUUAUUUAAAUACUACACAUAUAUACAAAUACAUUUAUAUAUACAUACAUACACAUACAUACAUUCAUAUAUAUGUAUGUAAAUCCAACUAUACAUAUACAGAUGUAUAUGCAUGUAUGUACUGGCGGUUAUAUGAGUGACAUUAUGUGUUAUUGAAUGCCGAAAUUAUUCGAUUAAACAUAAAAAAUAACGUCGAGGCCUUAACAAUUGAUUAAAAUCAAUGUACCAUCUCUGUUUACAUUUAGUUACAAAGAAACAACUAUAUGGAUACAAUUCGUAAACAUUUGAAACAAAAACCUAACGAACGCACCUAUUAAUAUUCCACUGUUAUAUACAAUAAACAACUUGUUGGGCGAAUGAAAACUACUUGCAGUCCAUUCUUUAUUGUCAUUAAACCACAAAAUGGUCAACAGAGAGUAAUCGAUGUGGUCGAAAGAGCUGAACUGCAUAAUUGGCAGCAAAUGUGCAAGUUAUUGGAUUUUAUGUUUAUACCACAAUGAAACUAAGUGUGAGUGCGUAUCGCGCACAUGCAUCAGCACACAAAAAGAUACUCUCGAGCGGAUUUCAUUCUCAACUUAAUUACGGCAGUACCGGAGCAGCUGCCACAGCUUCUUCAAGCUCAUCAGCAGGAUUAUAUGCGAUUGAAACCAACGAAAGCUCCAUAACGUUUCCUCAAGAAAUGAAUAAAGCAGAAUGCAACAAUAGCGACACCGAUGUGAUCAGUCCUACUGGAACGAGUAGUUCCGGCCAAGAUCAAAUCCACCCAGUUUCUAAACGAAGGACACAACGAAAGGAUGACGAUCAGAUCAGUAAUGCUCAUUCAUCCCACUCUGAUAGUAAGAGCCCUAGUCAGAGGAAAUCACGUAUCGGAGAUGGAACUUCGGAUCCAGAUUCCGAUUGGACGCGAUCUAAUCAGCGUUGGAUGAAACUUAGAACUACUGUACAAAUAUCAUCAGCCAUACAAAAGAAACCACCGCUUAAAAGGGAAGACUCAUUUCUUAAAAGAUUCUCAACACGACAGAUACCAGAAACUCAAGAGACCGUCGAAGAUACUGGUUCCGAAAGUGCCUCGGGAGACGUCGAUAAGACCAUUAAAAGACGUAGACGUUACUUGCAAAAGCGUCGUUCCGUUGUUAAUCCUGAUGAGAAUUUUUACUUUUAUUGGCUAAUGGUUUUAACAAUUUGCGUUCUUUAUAAUUUAUGGACCCUAAUUGUUCGCCAAAGUUUUCCAGAAUUACAAAAUGCAGUACCAACGUUUUGGUUUAUUUGUGAUACACUGACUGACCUUGUAUUCAUUAUGGAUAUAUUCGUACAAUUACGAACAGGUUAUUUGGAACAGGGACUAAUGGUCUACGACGAUAAGAAACUAAUGUCCCAUUAUGUACAUUCAAGAAAUUGUUUUCUUGAUAUUAUUGCUUUAGUACCGUUCGAUCUUUUACAAUUGAAAUUGGGCUCUCAGCCAUUGUUACGUUUUACUCGUUUUUUUAAGGUUUAUAGAUCUGUGCGAUUUUAUUAUAUUGUUGAAAGUAGAACUGUUUGGCCGAAUUUAUGGCGCGUUGUAAAUCUUAUUCACAUUUUAUUAAUACUUGCCCAUUGGUUUGGAUGUUUCUAUUAUUUACUUUCCGAAGCCGAGGGUUUUCAGGGUGAUUGGGUAUAUCCAUACCGUCCAGGAGACUAUGCCACUCUAACAAGAAAAUAUUUAGGUAGUUUAUAUUGGUCUACAUUGACGUUAACCACGAUCGGAGACUUGCCAACGCCUGAAACGAAUGCUGAAAUCAAUUUUUCGGUGGACGGCCCAAGAUCAAUACCUCGGCGUGGAAUUAAAUCCAGAUUACUUCAAUUUGGUUCAAAUUAUGGAUACAUUUUCACUAUUGUUAGUUAUUUGAUUGGCGUUUUUAUAUUUGCCACUAUUGUCGGCCAAGUAGGUAAUGUAAUUACCAAUCGUAAUGCAAAUCGUCUGGAGUUUGAGCGUCUCCUAGAUGGCGCUAAAACCUAUAUGAGACAUCACAAGGUGCCUGGAGGAAUGAAACGUCGUGUCUUGCGUUGGUAUGACUACAGUUGGUCAAGGGGCCGUAUACAAGGAGGAGGUGAUAUAAACACAGCUUUGGGCCUAUUGCCGGAUAAACUAAAAACCGAACUAGCUUUGCAUGUGAAUUUAAGUGUUUUAAAAAAAGUAACAAUAUUUCAAGAAUGUCAGCCCGAAUUUCUUCACGAUUUGGUAUUGAAAAUGAAGGCGUACAUAUUUACACCAGGUGACUCAAUAUGUCGUAAAGGAGAAGUUGCUCGCGAAAUGUUCAUAAUAGCUGAUGGGAUUUUGGAAGUAUUAAGUGAGACCGGCAAAGUUCUUACUACCAUGAAAGCGGGUGAUUUUUUUGGGGAAAUUGGUAUACUCAAUUUGGAUGGUUUAAACAAACGUACUGCUGAUGUUAGGUCGGUGGGCUAUUCCGAACUGUUUUCUCUAUCACGAGAAGAUGUGUUGGCAGCCAUGAAAGACUAUCCAGAAGCUCAGGAGAUCCUACAGACACUUGGUAGAAAACGUCUUAUGGAAGUAAGGUGUGUCAACAAGAAAUAUGCUAAGGCACAGGCUGAUAAAGAAGCUGAAAACCACCAAGGGGCCCACCACCAUCACAGUCACGUGAAUCAAAGUGACAGCAGUGAAAAUAGUGCCUCGAAGAAAAUUGUCGAUAAAUUGAGACAUGAUGUUAAGGGGUUCCGAAGUGUUCUUAAAAAAUCACGAACAACAAGAAGAAGCGAUGAAUCUUUAGAAAUGCAACCGUUACACAGUACAUCUCCUAAAAACGGCAAAUCAAUGUUAAAACGUAUGUCCCGCGUACGAUCAGAUGAUAAGGAGGAAACCGCCGAAGAAAAAGAAGAAUUGCAUGACAAGUCUCCAAGUCCAAUUGGUGCUGGUUUACCACUUUUGCAGAGAUUACGUUUGCUGAAAGAAAAACAGGAAUCAAUACAAGAAGAGCCCGAAAGGGAAAUUAACGAGGGACUUCCUUUGAUUCAGCGACUGCAGCAGUUGAAGAUAAAAAACGAUCCUCCCCAUCCUGUAAAUGAUUCCAGUUUACCGAUUUCAUCCGUAACAUCAGAAGUUAAUAAUAAAUUAGAAAACAUAUCGAAUAUCAACAGUAAUAACAACAGCAAUACUACUCCAAUAUCACUUGCAGUUACACAAAUCAAGCCCACUAUGAAGGUUUCCUUUCGACAAAGAAUUCAACAGUUACAACAGCAGGUUCCCGAUAAUGAAUCAACCAGUAAUUCGAAAACUAUUUCCAAGGUUAAAGAGUCCAUGAGUGAAAAGACUACUGCAGCUACGAGUGUAAAUGUAAAGAAGGAACCACCAAAAACUCUAUCGGUUGUAAAAUGCGGCCAAGAAGAAUCAGGGGUAGAUUGCAAAUCAGAUGGGUCCAACAAUAAAUCGCACAAACCAACAACCACCAUUCCAAACCAAAUUGUUAAACCGUCCACAACAACAACACCUACAGUUGUAUCAGAUACAGAUACACCUAUUAAGCCGUGGUCCAAACUGAAAUUAGCUACUUUAAUUUCAUCGAGUUAUACAAGUUUAGCCACAUCCAAUACAUCUUCAGAUGAUGUCUCUUCGCCAUUGAAAAUGUACUCAAUGGGAAGCAUACCACAACAGGUCAUAAGUGAAGAGAAGCGCGCAAAAAAAGGAAAAUCUAGUAUUCUUCCGGCAGGAAAGCCAUCCGCACUUGAUCAGUCUGAGUCAAGUAGCAGUAGCACAAAACAACGUGUGACUGAAAAAGCGAAAAAAUCUCUUAAGAAUGGGAAAGCACUACAGAAUGCUGUUGCCAAUCAGACAAAACUUUAUCAAUCAGUAUUCGAUCUCUCGCCCGAAUACAGUGGGCUACCGUUUGUAAAACGCUUAAAGAUUUUAAACGAACGGCAGAAGUUGGCUGAACUUGAGAAGGCUCUACAGACCAGAAGUUUUAGUUUGGAUAGUUCAAAAACUAACUGUGCCCAGAUAUCAGAGGCACUGUAUCGCUGCCAUAGUGAUGCAACUGGAAUAAACUCACAAUUUUUCUCAGCAUAUGAAUCCAGUUCAACCACGUCGACCAAUACAUCCACAUCUGAGAAGUCAAAGUGUCCACAUUACCACCGUCAUCAUCGGUUAGAUACGGUUCAUCACGACUACACACCCCUCAGUCCGGAAUCAAAUGAAACACUUGAGCGAAGGAAAUUGAAGAGCAUUCUAAAGAAAAUCAGCCAUGAACGAGAGCACAAAGGUACCACUGGUGAAAUGCAAACACAAAUAAAUUGCGGAGGCCUAUCGAUGGAACCCACUGUUGAAGGCCCUCCUGGCAGUGUCGUUAUCACCAAUCCCGAGAACACUAAAGACGACCAUCAAAGUGAUAACAGUCUUAACUUACCCACUACUACCAAUACACCGCAAUUUUAUGCGGAAUCUGUUAUGUCUCCACCCGAUCUUUUAAGAGCCGAAUCGAUCGCCACCUGUUGUACAACUGCAAAUUGUUCUCAAACUUUUCAAAUGAAUAGUAGUAGUAGUAGUACUUUAACCAUGUUUCCCACAGAUUUAUACCCGCAUUCCGGAACUAGUCAUGGCGCAUGCCAUGUUCCAAAUAUAAAAGGAUCGCUUGAGGGUCAAGACUGUUACAAUCAAAUUUUGAAUGGCAUCAAUAAUGUGAUACGUACGCAUAUUAAUGAAAUUCAUUCAAAAUUUGAGACACAAUUCUCCAGCAUGGCAAUGGAAGUAGAGAGAAGAGACGCUCUUAUUGCUCAUUUACAGUCAAAACUUAGGACUCUUGAAUUAAAUGUUUCAUCAUCAGGCCGAAGGAAAGCAAAUCGAGAGAAAAUGACAAGUCAGUGUACGGAUGGUGGUGCUGUUGAAGAUCCAAAUAUUGAAGAUAACAGCAGUUCUGGUUCGUCAGCAGAAUUACUUUUUAUGCGGGGGGACUCACUUGAUACUGUGUUCACUUCAUCACCUCCAACACAAGCGAAACGACAUUGUACAUGUUCGCCGAAAACGAGUAGAGAUGAUUUCGCUGCAUCGAAUUAUAGUCACUACUGCAAGACUGGCAAUGGAACAAAAAGUAAAAACGGUAACAAUUGGUCCACAAAUCAGCCAGUUGUUUUAGCAGAUGUACAAGGAAAUCUGUCUCGCAUUGGCGACAGUGUCAUCUUAGAUAUCGGCGAGAGUACAAGUUCAAGUUCAUCCUCCGAUAAACUUAAUGUCGAUGAUGACGAUGAGGAUGACGACAAUGAGAGCUCCGAUAAUCAUGUUCAUCACAACGACUGGGAAGUUAGAAUGCUGGCAGCCGAAAUGGAAAAGCAAGAGCGUAAGCGUGGUCUCUCACUCUCCGAUAAUUUGCAGAUGGACGGUACAAAAUUGUGCGGAACUUACUUACGGAGACGUCGAAAAUUCAGUGAUACCGAAACGGAGUGCAGUGAAACCGAUGCAGAACAAGCCCCAGCAACUGCACGCCCAAGAGCAUCCAGUCUGGAUCAGUUCAAUUUACGUUAUGGAAUUGGCAGGGGUGGUAUAUUCAAAGCAAUGAGUAUUGAUCGUGAUAAAGAUAAACUUUGAAAACUAGUCAAAUACACACACAAACAGUCUUAUGUUAAUAGUAUUUUAGAAAGUAAAUUAAAGCAAUUUUAUAGUAUUGAAAGGUACAAUUAUAUUAUAGUAUAAUUUGUUUUAAGAAUACAGUUAAAAACAAAAGCAAACACGGUCGAUGAAUUUACACUGACCCUUGAAUAGAAUGAAUAGCAUUUAAAUUGUUAAGAAAAAAAUCAGUGUCAUAUAAAUAAGCUCUUAUUAAUUAGAGUCCACAAUUGUCUAAACAUUUACAUACUGUUAUUAAAUAACUUUUAAAUUGUAUUAAAUUUAAAGUCUUCAACUUUUACAUGACGCUGCGUUUACUUAAUAUUAGAAUUCUGAUUUGAAUUAUUUAAGAUAAUGAACACUUUUUAUAGCAACAAAAUUGAAAUUCUUCACUAAAUAAUCUUAAAUUUAUCGAAAAUAUAUCGAUCUUACGAAUUGUUUAAAAACUAAAAUAAUUUAUAUUUAUAUGAUAUAGCCAACAAAUUUCAGAUAUUAUAAACAUCAUUGAAUCCCAAUGGAAAAGUAUAAAAUGGUACGCGUUUAAAAGGUGGCCUACUUUGAGUAGAGUCCAUUUUCUUAAUUCAACAUGUCAAAUUUUAUCACAAUAGAGACAGCCGUUUAGAAAUUAUACUUUUAUUUCUUUUUUUCUAAAAGUAUUGUUCUGCUCAACUGUGCAUCUCCAGAAGGCUCACUUAGCGGGCCGCAAGGAAUCUAAAAAAUAUCUCUUGAUAUAUGAAAGUAAAAUAAGACUAUUUAAAUCGUUUUUGCUUUGGAAUGCCAAUUUCAAAACAAAUAUUUCAGAAACAAUUGUUUUGUUCAAUUUAAUGAAAUAAAAAGUGUUCCAUAUCAGAAUAAAACUCAUUAAAGUGUUUGUAUAUUGUAAAUACCUCUUUAAGAUAAGAUAAAAAAGCCUAUAUUUUUAAGAAAAAAACUACUUUAGUAUAAUGAAAUCUGAAAGCUUUAAUAACUUAUAUAGAUUUAUUGAAUAUGUAUAUGUAUGUUAAAUAUAUACUUACGAUCGUUUUAUUAUCUUCUUACUUAUGUAGACUACAGUUUGGUUUUCACAGUGGCCACCUCUCAUACACCCUAAGGCCCAUUUACGAUUUUAACUCUUUAAUUGACUAUAACUCUAAACGUCACAACAAUUAUCUUAAAACCAAACAAUCUAAAUACAUAUUCCUACUGGAUUUUAAAAACAUUGCUGAUUUUUAACAUUAAUAUGACUUUUUAAAUACAUUUUCUAGGAAUUUUGUCAAAAUUUUCCUAUUCCUAAUUUUUGUGCAGUAGUGUACACAAUUCUAAAAUAUAAAAAUUUCUCACAAAAUUUAUCUUUUUAUGGUUUUAAGAUCUUUGUCAAGACUUUUACCAAUAAACUUUUUUUAAUUUUUUUAUCUAAAUCAAUCUUGUUAUUUAUUUUUGAAAACUCAUAAGUUUAAAAAAGAAAAUAGAAAACAAAAAAAAAAAAACAACAAGUACAUAUACAUAGUAUAUCUCGAAUAAUCCGUUCAUGAAAAGAAAAUCAAUAUAUUUUAUUAGAAUUAUAAAUAUAUACAUUUUAUUUUUGUUCUUAUUUAAACUACAUCAGGGACCACAAAAUAUUUAUUAUUAACAUUUAUAAAAGAAACCCUAGAUUUUCUUUUGAAUUUUUUUACUUGGGCCAAUUAAAGCUUGUUCAUAUGUAUGUAAAUUUUAAUGGGCAUAAAUACAGACAUACACCAUUGCUUAGAAAUAUAUAAUCAGUUCAAAACACUUUUUACACAUCUUACAAAAUUACAACAACAAAAAUCUAAAAAUAACUAUAGAGAAUUUCAUUUCUUAAUAUUCUAUUCAUAUAUUUUUUAAUAAAAUAUAUGAAUACAUACUCAAUUUAUUAAUUUCAGGUAAAAUUUUCCCACCUUUACCAAAGGAUUGUAAAGGUUAGAGCCCAUGCAGUUCCAAUGGAAUCAGUUAUAACCAAAAACUCCAUUUCAUUUUUAUUGGAAUAAAUCCGAUAUUUUCCAAAAUUUUAUUCAAAAUUUUGAUCGCGUUACUGAUAAAUAUUAAAUUAAUAUAUUUUCUGUUUUUAUUGCUAUGGAUAAGACUUACAUAUGAAUAGUUCCAACAGGAUGGGGAAAUAUGUCUACCCAGUCGAAUGUACAUACAUAUUUAGGAAAUUAGGGAGUUAAUUGAUCGUCCUUUGUUAUAGAUGGAGUCCAUACAAUUAGUUAAAAUCCUAAAAACUCAAAAUCUUAAUUAAAAGAUCGAGAGCAUCCGGUCAAUACAAUUUGAACGCUUUUCAUAUGAGUUCUCCUACUCACUGCAUCCAUGAUGAAACCAAACCGAUUCCUUGAUAAAAUUUGGAAAAUAAUGUUCCCUAUUAGUAGUAGGGGUUUAAUUUAAAUUUUGAAAAUACACCCAUAUAUAUAAGUCACAGUAUUGAUUUUAUUUCUCGCUGGUACCUUUACAACCACAAGGUAGGUAGGCUUAUUAGACGAUUCUUCGCCAUACCAUGGUUUUGGCAAUUCAUGCAAAGCUUUUUGCCCAAGUACUCUAGCCAUCAAAUCCCUGACCAUUGCUGCAACGUUGUUAAGUGACGGUCCACACUAGGAAACUUUUGAUUUUGCGUGAGAGAGAAAGAAUAUCAUUGAUCUAGCUCUUGGAAACUUGUUUUGUUAUUCUUCUAAUUCGCACAAAGGUUUGACAAAGGUCAAACAAAGGUUUCUAUGUGUAGACAUUAAGGAAACUUCAAAAGAGAACUAAGAAAAAGUUUCCUAGUGUGGAUCAGGUCUAACUUCCGAGAUGCGAAACCAUUACUUUCAUUUACAGCCACGCAGAUAGAAUGGCCUCUGUUAAUUCAAAAACAGAAUAAGCCGAGUACUUGUUCUUACUCACAAUGAACACACUGUUAUAAAUCUAGUGUGAACAGAGUAAACCCUAAACAUUUUAGUACAAGGAAGAAAAAAUUAAUGUAUAUGAUACAUUUUAUCCAUCACCAUUCAACAUUGCACACUUCAUUGGUUCGGACCAAAUCAAAACAUUUCAAGAAAAGGCCCAGGAUACACUUGAUAUAACGAGUCAUUUUCUCCGGAUUGCUAUAAUAACAAUAUGGGGAAGAUUAUCAAGGUGAUAUGCCCCUAGAAGACAUCCAUAUUACCAUAGCCAAUUUAUUACUCGCUUGAUAGAAAAUAUCACCGUCACCAACAUUUAUAUUCGUCUUGAGCCGUAAGUCCUUUGUAAGAAUUAUCGAUAUGCUAAUUUUGAUAUGUAUAGCUUAAUGGUAAGCCAAUGUCAUAGGUGUACAAUGAUCGUUUCGGUCUCUGAGUCUCCUACUGUCAGCGUAAUUUAAUGGACAAAUAAUGCUAAUAAUAAUGCUCUUGUUGGUGCUCCUUUAAUCUUUAAAGUGUGUUGAAUAAAAAAGGUAGAGGGGAAUUAUGUUCAUAAGCUUGUUGGUUAUAUUCUGGAUAUUAGAAUCAAGAAUAGCUUUUGAAUUACAAAUCAAUGUUCCUGCAAGUAUGUUUGAGUGUCACACAGUGUAAUUAAAGAAAAUCUAAAAAUGUACGAAUGUCUAAAAGCACGUUAAGGUCUCAAAUGUUUCCAGUAUCCAAACAAAAGUAACCAUAAAUAACGUUCCUUAAUUAGUCAAAAUAAUUCCAAAAUAUAUAUUUUAAAGGCAGGAAAUAUUCAAUCUAAUUCGCUACAUAAAACGCGUUAUAUUUCUGAGCAUUAGUGUAUGAGUUUGUAUUUAAAAAGAACGAAAUUAAAUAGAGUAUUAAAGAAAGGAAAUGUAUGUGAAAGAAUUAGAAAAUGAAAAUAAAACACCAACUUAUACACAAACAUACAUAAGCAGAUGCAUUAUUACAGUAUGGUACAAUGUCGUUAUAAAUGUAGAAAGAAAAAAAUUGCAAAAAUAAAAUUAAAUUAAAAAUGAUAACAAAAUAUUAUAAUAGAAAUACGCACACAUGCACACAAAAUGUUUAUAAAAUUCAAAAUUUUUAAUUUCUUUUAAAAGAAAUACUGUUGGAAAUAUACAAAUCCUAUUUUAACACCAUACUGAAUACAUGCAAUUUAAAAAAUGAAGAAAACAAUAAUUAUAUAUGUACAUAUGUGUAUGUUGAUACAUAUUUAUUAUCCAUAUGUAUUUAUAAAUAUGUAGUAACUUACAUACUUGACUAUAACUACGUAACAAUUGUUUAAAUUAUUUCAUUUAGUUAUUUGCAUAAGAAUUUACUUAUGGAAAAGAAAAUAACAAAUAUAUUCAUUUUCAUUCUAUAAGUAUGUCAAUUAAUAUAUAAUAUUUAUGUAGUUGUUUACAUAGUGUAUACAUACACACCAUGUACAUACGUACAUAUUUACAUAUGUAUGUAUGUCGUAUGUAAUUAAUACAUUCCGUGAAACGUGUAGUUGUUUAUACUCCAACAGUAAACAAAGUGUUCCGAUAUCUUAUAUUUCUUGCAAGAAUAGGUUCUUUUGAUCAAAAAGACAUAGUUUCCGAUAUCAUCUAAAGCUGGCUAUACACUAUGAGAGAAGUCGUUAGAUUUUUAUUUCAUACUGCGAAAAUAAAAUAAAAUUUAAAUUGGUAUGAUUAUCAAAAAAUCAAUUUGAAAAUAUAUUUUGUUUUUACACUAUUACCCAGCAAAAACUAACAUUAAGCUAGAA